AUGCUUUGGAACAGUAAAUUCCGCCUAGUUGGGCUUCUUCUGUUGGCAGUUGUUCUCGCAAGUGAAGACGGUGGAAAGGAAGAAGGACGGUUUAUGUUCCACGGGAAACCAUUUUUGGUCGUCCCGAAAACGUCGCCCACUCGCCAUCAGUUUGUCAGCGGCAUCGGUAUCCCGCUGGGAACUCCCAACUCCGUUACCACGGGAUGGGUUUUGAAAGCAUAUUACUUUCUUCCGACAACGGUAGCUCAACUGCAGCCUGUGAACAUCGAAGGGUGGAACGACACUAGAAGGUCUUUCGAAAAACGGGAGGCCGUCACCACGACUUCGCUGGAUCACUACGAGGCCUACGAGGCAAAGGAUGUACGAAUCGACACUGAAUCGCUGCCAACCGGGGAUCAGGCAAGUGAUGAAGAUGACUACUUCGAAGACGGAGACGAUAACUACUGGCUGGACGAGGAUGAGGAGAAGAUAUACCGGGAAAUGAAUAAGAUGAAUUUACCGAUUAGUAUGGAUCCCCCGACCGAGGGGUACAAUGCGGACAGUUCGCGCUGGACCACGUACAAGGCGUUGGAGAAAAUGGGCGAAGUCUACGGUUCCGGAGGACGGGAAUGCGUUCUCCGGAGUAUUUGCGAGGCAGCGAGCGCGCAGUUUACCCACACGGGCGGGGUAUUUGCGGAGCUUUUGCACAUAAUGUUCACGCCAACAACCACCGAGGAUCCACUUUCGGAGCAUAGUGAUAACGAGUAUUAUCGAGCAGAGGAGCUAGGCAGGGAAGGUGCCCCGUGCCACGUGGUGUUUCACGAGUGCCGGAAUUCGAUCCUAGAUGUGUUUACCGGUGUGCAUGAUCCAGUGACGAACACCCUGACGGUGGCCCACGAUAAAGUGAUGAGAUCGUUUAUGAAAUAGAA